AGCUGUGUGAGCAGCAUGGCGGAGAGCGGCGGAGUGAUGGCGGCGGCCGGGGCCGGGGCGGAGGGAGCGCAGGCCGUGCAGGACACUCUGUGUCUGAUCGUACUGGGAAUGGCCGGCUCCGGGAAAACCACCCUGGUACAGAGACUGACUUCGUAUCUACAUGGGAAGAAUUCCCCACCAUAUGUGAUCAACCUGGAUCCUGCAGUCCAUGAGAUCCCUUUCCCGGCUAAUAUAGAUGUCCGAGACACUGUGAACUACAAGGAAGUUAUGAAGCAAUAUGGACUGGGACCGAAUGGUGGCAUUGUCACUUCUCUCAAUCUGUUUGCAACACGCUUUGAUCAGGUGGUAAAAUUCAUAGAACGGCGACAGAAGGAUUGUAGGUAUGUCCUGAUAGAUACUCCAGGACAGAUUGAAGUAUUUACAUGGUCUGCAUCGGGCACCAUUAUAACAGAAGCUUUGGCCUCAUCCUUCCCUUCUGUGGUCGUGUAUGUGAUGGACACGUCUCGAAGCACAAACCCUGUGACGUUUAUGUCAAACAUGCUCUAUGCGUGUAGCAUUAUGUACAAAACAAAGCUUCCCUUUAUUGUCGUUAUGAACAAGACAGAUAUAGUCGAUCACAGCUUUGCCGUGGACUGGAUGCAGGAUUUUGAGAGUUUUCAAGAUGCUCUGAAUCAGGAGACGUCUUAUGUCAGUAACCUGACUCGAUCUAUGAGCCUUGUUUUGGACGAGUUUUAUAACGCUUUGCGGGUAGUGGGAGUGUCUGCAGUAACUGGAGCUGGGAUGGAGGAUUUCUUUGCCAAGGUGGCAGAAGCCGCGGAGGAAUACACAAGGGAAUACCGACCGGAGUACGAACGGCUGAGGAGAGCGGCGGAGGAGGAGAAGAGACAGGAGCAGCAGGACCAGUUGGACAGGCUGCACCGUGACAUGGGAUCUGUUGCCCUGGAUCGCGGACAAGGCCCAGGUUUGGACGAAAUGGCAUUAGGACCUUCAGAUCUGAUCCUUUCACGAGGUAACGUGGAUGAUGAUGACGACGAGGCAGAGGACAGCGAUACAGACGAUAUAGAUCACUCUGUGGCCGAAGCAAGACUGGAGGAACCAGCUUUCCAGAACUUUCUGCAGCAAGCACAGAGCAAGUACCGGGAGAAGCUUGGCCAGUGAGAGAGAAGGACCACCAGAACAUCCACUAGUGUUUAAUAUGCAAGCAGAACGUCUCUAACCACGUGUGGACAAUCUGUGAAUCGCAGGCUUUAGAGGCAUUGUAUGUGGCUACAAAACGCUGACCAUGAGCAGAUGGUUCAAGGUCUGAACCGGUAUCCUUGACAUUGCACACAUCGGACAAGAACUUGAGUAAGUCCUGUGACAUCCUGACGUCUUUCAAUCUACUAAUGAGACGGGGAGAGAAACCUGAGCCAGGUUUGCAACAUCUGGAUGAGACCGAGGGACUCGCUGCCCCAGGUUCACAUGUCCUCAACUGUAUGAGUAAGGGAAUCUGUAUCCUGAGACUGGAGGACCCUCUGGACAGCUAUUUUAAGGCAUUUUCAUCACUCUCAAUGGCUUUAAUAAAAUAUCAAUUUCACACUA